UAACUACGCUUCGUGACGUUAUUCCAGUAUUCCUUACUGAUUUGCUAACACUCAGACGUUGAUAUGCGGGUGCUGUCCGGCUGGAAUAAACGUAUUUACUGAUUGGUUACCAAGCGACAUUAUAAUAACUCAAUUAAUAUUCAUGAGGUACAGCCUUUGCCGUAGUAGCCUAUUUCGUGUGGAGACCGUUAAGCGAAUGUCAAGCUAAACGAGAACUGAAUGACUACUGAGGCUCACAUUAUAUAAUUUUGUCAGGUGUUAAAAUGGGGAAAGCUCUUUCCCACUUACCUAAGCAUAGCUCUCAUGAUGAGUGUCAGGACGGGGUCACCCCAUUACCAGGCUACAAUGCCUUGCAGAGUGAUGAUGGGAAAAAUGGUGAUGUGUCCCAGUUCCCUUAUGUGGAGUUUACUGGUCGGGACAGCGUCACCUGCCCUACAUGCCAAGGCACUGGAAGGAUCCCACGAGGCCAAGAGAAUCAGCUGGUGGCUCUGAUCCCAUACAGUGACCAGAGGUUGAGACCAAGAAGAACCAAGCUGUAUGUGACUGCUUCAGUCAUUGUGUGCCUGCUGCUCUCUGGCCUGGCUGUCUUCUUUCUUUUUCCACGUUCCAUUGAUGUAAACUAUGUGGGAGUGAAGUCUGUGUACGUGUCCUAUGACCAGAGCAAACGCAUUGUGUAUCUCAACAUUACUAAUUUGCUGAAUAUUACUAACAACAACUAUUACUCGGUGGAUGUGGCCAACAUCACAGCCCAGGUACAGUUUUCCAAGACUGUAAUUGGUAAAACUCGGGUUAGCAACAUCACCACUAUUGGCCCGCUUGACAUGCAGCAGAUUGACUACAUGGUGCCCACCACCAUAGCAGAUGAAAUGAGUUACAUGUAUGACUACUGUACCCUACAAAGUAUUAAGGUGCACAACAUUGUGGUGAUGAUGCAGAUUACAGUUACAACAGUGUAUUUUGGCCAUGCUGAGCAGGUGUCUCAGGAGAUGUACCAGUAUGUGGACUGUGGGGGGAACACUACAUCACUGCAUGAGUACAACCUGAAUACCCCUUGGACGGGCUAGAGCAAACCCUAAUAGUGUAAUGCAUCACCCUGCUCCUCACCUCUUCAUGUCAUUGGUUCAGCAAAAUUGGUUGAUGGUCUGUUACAUUUCUCUGCAAGAAGAUGUCAUGGGUGUUUGCAGUGCAAAAAUGAUGCACUUUAGUCUUCAAACAAUAUGAACAUUAUGAGGUAUCAUUUCAGUUCAGUUUGCCGAACUUCUUAAUUAUUCCCAAUUGCUCCGUUUUCACAAAUAUACUUCAAGCACUACCUAAUUUAACACUCCUCUGAAAUGACUUGUGAUGAUGCUAUUUGUUAAGUGUACUCCAGGUUCAUAUAUUGUUUUCUUUUGUUUUGUAACCUGAUAUUGAUUGCAGUAUUUAAUGACGGGAACAGACACACUAAUGGGCCCUGCAUGCUUUGGGAUCUUUAUACGGAGGUGAGAUGCACCUACGAUGCUUAUUUAAAUGGCAUAUGUUACCUCACAUUACUCAUCAUACCUCAUUUCACAGAGUUGGUACAGUCUUAUAGACGUCAUUAUUGUCGUUGUGGGGUGUAUGUGUGCAUUAAUCUGAAAUUACUUUCAGUCCUCAGUGUGUCGUACAAAAGAAUCGCUAACUGUUUGUCCAGUUAAACUGCAGGCACGUAACAACUGAGUGAUUGUCAGUGUAGAUAUCGCACAAGCUGCUGUAAAUAAAACACAUCAGUUUAUUUAUUUCGUAUUGCAUUUUGAUUGGAAAAUUUCUCAUUGUCGCAGUUUUAUAAGCUGUUAAAAUGGACAGAUUAAACGUUAAUAAUAUAGAUCUGAGAGCAUCACGCUGCUAAUGCUGUGUAGUAUGAAAUGAACAUUCCCUCAUGAUGUUAAUAAUAUUAAUUUCACUUAUGAUUUCAUAUAGAAGUAUAUUUUCAUCA